UUCAACGUGUAUUCUCCACGUGGUGAUGGUGUUUCCUUAUGGCAACGUAAAUAAAUGGGCUGCGCCGUGUAAUUACAUUUUCAAAUUGGCUAAAGUAGGCUAAGGGUAUUUAUCUGCUACUGAUUUAUCAUCAUCAGGCCUGAAGUCGUUCAAACCGAAGAAAUGGAAAAGGAGCGAAAAUCCUCCAAACAAUAUGGGUCUUUGGAACGAAGCAAAUUGGAUGGAAAAGCUGAUAAGAAGGCAGAGGAAGACAUUGUCUCAAUGGCGGACUCCACCAUCACAAUAGAUCACAUCGAAGGGGAGCUUUUCAGAAUCGAGCGGAUACGUGAUGUUCUAGUACGGAGGGAAUCAGAACUAAGAUACAUGAUGGACGACAUUCAGCUUUGCAAGGAAAUCACACGGCUGAAAAAAGAACUUCAGAAGCUGGUGUCUGUUUCAGACACAGACAAAUCCAACGAGGACCGGCAGAGGGAGGAGGAGUUGCUGCAGCAGAUCCACAAGCUGGUGGAGACCAGGGACUUCCUGGUGGAUGACGUGGAGUUUGAGAGGCUCAGGGAGAGAGAGGAGGACAAAGAAAUGGCUGAUUUCUUGCAGUCUAAAUUCCCAAAGACCUCAAAGAAAAAAGAGGACCGAAGGAUGACCUCCAAAGGCCAGCAGACUUCGUCCACUCCCUUCGUCACCAAAACUGGUCUCACCCUUCUGAAGGAGUGUUGCGGCUUCACAUGCUCUGUCAUGUAGACUCCCUGCCCUGUGGAGAGACGGAGACACGUUGUUGGUUUCUGGAUGGGGUUAUUUGUGUUGAGUGGGCAGACAGAGCUCUCAUACUUCGACUAUAACCCUAAACAUAUGUACAGUGACAGUUGGGACUGUGUUCCCAUCAAUUAAUUUAUUGCUGGGUCAUUGCACCAAUUUAGUGCAUUUUGAGAAGUGUAAAAAAAAACUUUCGAUUUCAGCAAAUUUUUACAUUCUGUAAUUUAUAUAUGUCAUAUAUAUGACUGAGUCAAAUAGGCUAUAGAUAUGUCAUAUAUAUGACUGAGUCAAAUAGGCUAUAGAUAUGUCAUAUAUAUGACUGAGUCAAAUAGGCUAUAGAUAUGUCAUAUAUAUGACUGAGUCAAAUAGGCUAUAGAUAUGUCAUAUAUAUGACUGAGUCAAAUAGGCUAUAUAUAUGUCAUAUAUAUGACUGAGUCAAAUAGGCUAUAGAUAUGUCAUAUAUAUGACUGAGUCAAAUAGGCUAUAGAUAUGUCAUAUAUAUGACUGAGUCAAAUAGGCUAUAGAUAUGUCAUAUAUAUGACUGAGUCAAAUAGGCUAUAUAUAUGUCAUAUAUAUGACUGAGUCAAAUAGGCUAUAGAUAUGUCAUAUAUAUGACUGAGUCAAAUAGGCUAUAGAUAUGUCAUAUAUAUGACUGAGUCAAAUAGGCUAUAUAUAUGUCAUAUAUAUGACUGAGUCAAAUAGGCUAUAGAUAUGUCAUAUAUAUGACUGAGUCAAAUAGGCUAUAUAUAUGUCAUAUAUAUGACUGAGUCAAAUAGGCUAUAGAUAUGUCAUAUAUAUGACUGAGUCAAAUAGGCUAUAGAUAUGUCAUAUAUAUGACUGAGUCAAAUAGGCUAUAGAUAUGUCAUAUAUAUGACUGAGUCAAAUAGGCUAUAGAUAUGUCAUAUAUAUGACUGAGUCAAAUAGGCUAUAUAUAUGUCAUAUAUAUGACUGAGUCAAAUAGGCUAAAGAUAUGUCAUAUGUAUGACUGAGUCAAAUAGGCUAUAUAUAUGUCAUAUAUGACUGAGUCAAAUAGGCUAUAUUUAUGUCAUACAUAUGACUGAGUCAGAUAGGCUAUAGAUAUGUCAUAUAUAUGACUGAGUCAAAUAGGCUAUAUACAGUGGGGAGAACAAGUAUUUGAUACACUGCUGAUUUUGCAGGUU